AAGUAGGGGAAAAUCCAUAUUGAAAAUAUAUAAAAAUUCAGAUGAACCAAGGGACCAGCCCGAACUCUAAUUUGCCCUUUUAUGUGAGGGUAAGGCCUAUAAAUACGGUCUUCAAGAUACAGAGUUCCACCAAGCAGAGCGGCUUCGUCUAUCGACAGAUGGCUUCCUCCGCUGGAGCCGCUCGCCUCCUGAUGCUGCUGCAGGUGGCGCUGCUCGUCGUCUCCGCGGUGCUGUUGAGCGGCUCCGCCUGCCACGGAGCCCGGGACGUCGGAUUAAGCAGCCCCCAUGUUGACCGCCUUCCAGCCCAUGGACAGGAGUCCCCAUGGACAGAAUGGCCCACCGGUGGUGGACUUAGGGGCUGUUUGGCUCCGACCACAGCCAGCCACGCGCUGGUAUGGCGUGCCACAGAAAAUCCGACUGCUGUUUGGUUCCCGAGUAAACAGUCCCCGCCACAAUGAGCCCUUCACCUCCAACUCCUAACUUUGGCACUAUGCAAAAAGAAGAUUCCUCAUCACAUCAAACUUGCGGUACAUGCAUGGUCUACUAAAU